AUGUGUUUUAACUGCAUAGUAAGGAAAAUAUAUAGCACUGUUCUGAUCUUUUUCUUAUGUACAACUUUUUUUGAGUCUGCUUGUUACUGUUACACAAUAGGUGGAAGGACUUACAGAUUAACCCCCAUUAAGAUAAACACAAGACAGAAGGAUGUUAUCAAUUUUAUUAAAAAUGAUUCAUGUGGAGUAAUAAAGAGUAAAAGUAUAAAAAAAAAAAAAAAGGGAAAUGAUUUUUCUAUUAAUUCAAUAAAUAUACCAAAUUCUUCGGAGUUUCACAUUCCUCAAGAGUAUCUAGAUUAUAACAUCCCAGAGGAACCAAUAUACCCGUAUAUAUCUGUGCCGGACAACUUAUACACAAAGCAGAAAAAUGAGAGUGAGAGGAAAGAGAACGACAAAGGGAAGCUAGUACAGUGGAACGGACAAAAUGACCAAAUGGGAAAUAUGUCCAUUGAUGAAUGCAAAAAAAAAAGCAAUAAUGAAAUAGUGAAAAUUUAUGGGGAAUUACCUGAACCGACUUUAGAGGAUUAUAUUGAAGAUACAGAAUAUGAAAAGUAUAUCCAUCCUUGUUUAAUUAAAAAGAUUGAAAAAGGAAGUGAAUAUUAUAUACAUCAUUCUAUGAUGAAACAUAUUGAUGAACAUGAUGAACUUGCUACUGUAGACUGUUUUGAUGUAAAUGAUUUAGAACACGAUCUCACUGAGUACGAUUCUGCUUUUAGUGGAAUAGGGCCAUGGCCAUCCAUAAAUGAAUUAAGAAUGAAUGAAAAUAACUAUGAAUUUGAUAAAACUGAUCUUGAAAUUGAAUAUAACAUAACGUAUAAUAAGACAGGAUAUAGAGAAUUUAAACAAAACGAACUUAAAAAAAGAAUGAAAGAAAAUGAAAAAAGUACUAGUAAUGAUAAAAAUAAGGGAGAACAAAAGAGAACAGAGGUAAAUAUAAAUAUAUAUUCUGACAUCGGAAGGGAAAAAAUUAACAAUGAUAAAUUAAGUGGGCUUGCUUCUCCUCAUAGUGAGGAUGAAGUACCUCCUGGUAAUUCAGAAUAUACUUCAAAUAGUAUAACCAAUGUAACGGUGAGUGAUGUAAGAAAACUGUAUUACAAAAAAGUUAUUAAAAGUAUUAGAGAAGCGAAAGAAGAAAUAAUAAAAUGGGAUGAGAGAAAAAAAUGUUCAAGAAGCAGAUGGAAUUUGACAAAAGAAGAAUUGAACUUACUUCCUGAACAAGUCAGAAAAUUGUAUUUUUAUAAACACAAGCAGUAUGAGGAGGAGAAGAGGGAUAUGAUAAGAAAGAUGAGUGAGGUAUCAGUAUCGCAAGAUACACUGCGUAAUGUGGACCAAGUGCCGUAUGGUAUCAGGACUGCUGGCUGUAAUAGUGGUAGAGAUCCUGUGGCGGAUGGUAUUGCAAUGAACGAUGAAGCAUUAACAAUGAAUUUAGAGAGUAAGGGAACAAACGAAGAUGAUGCCUUUCAAAAUAAUUUUCAGAACUUCAGGUUAUUAGAAGACAACAUUUUAUAUACAAAACCGAAGUCUCCUAUUGACAAUAUUUUAUAUGAGUGGGAUGACUCACUUCAAUGUACAUGGAGGAAAAGAGCUGAAGAAGUUAUUAGAGAUGUUAUAAUGUAUGACUAUCCAUAUAAGGAAUUAAGAAGACCAUCAAAUUUAGAUUUGUAUGAUGUUACAUGGUAUGCUGGUAAAGUAGAAGUAUUUGUAACCAUAGAAGAAGGAAAAAAUUAUAAUAUUUCAUUAUUCGACUUAAAACAAUUAGUUAAAAAAAUUGCAGAAAGAUUGAAAGAAUUAGAAAUUGAUGAAGAAAUUGUUAUUCUUCCCUUUUUUGAGUUAAUUGUUUCAUCCUUACCAAGUAAAAAUAUACUAGUAUGUAGAAAAGACUGGAAUAGAAACAUAGGUAAAGAUGUUGUCGUGUUUUUUAAAGAUAAUAUAUUUGAACCACUGGAAGGUAUUUUGCUAGGAUCGCCUAGUGUAUUUCACGUUAUUAUUAAUGUGAAUGAUGAAAAAAUUGAAAAUGUUAUGGCUCACCUUAUUGACAAAAUUGUCCUAAAAAAUACGAAAGAUGAGCUAAGGGAUCAUAUCGUUCUGAAAGCAGGUAUUGGUCAGGAGGGGGGCUCGUCCGAGGACAAAGGGAGUGCACUAAGUGCAACGGAAGGUUCAUUAGUAAACGGAGAAGAGGAGGAAGAGGAAGGAAAGCAGGGUGACGAAACGAAAAAGAAGCAGAGGGAAAAGGAGAACUAUAUGCACAGGAAUGUAAAAAAGGAUAUAACAAAAAUGAGGGAUCAGAGAAGUGAAAGAAGCACAAAAUUUGCUAAACAGGACUAUGAUGAAGACGAUGACGAUAACGAAGACAAGAUAAGGGGAAUUCAGUUCGAUGACCUGAAAAAACUGAAGGAUAUCAACAAAUCCUAUAAGGAAAAAAAUAUUGAUAUUAUUAAAAAUAUUAACAAGAUAGACGAUGAAAAUAAUAGCAGCAUGAUCAACUCUCCUUUCGAUGAAGAUGAGGAGGAAGAAGAUGAAUAUGAGGAGGAUGAAGAAUAUGACAAUGAAAUAGAAUCGGACAAUGGAGAAUAUGAUGACUACAUGCCGGACGAAUGA